CACCACUUGAUAAAAACAAUAAAAGUGGAAGAAAAAUUCUAAAUUUUUAUAAAGUUUUACUUUGUCAAUAAUUUCUCUUUUUUGAAAGAAAUCAGUAGUCAAUAAAAGUAUUUAAUACUGCUAAUAUUUUGUAUUUUUUUUGUCCUAAUAUGAGUUUCAAGCCUAUCGAUGAAUCAAAAGAAGAAUUUCGAGUUUAUCUUGCCAAGCAAGGAGUUCUUGAUGCCUUGAGUAAGGUUCUUGCUAAAAUUCACGAAGUUCAACCGGAAAAUCCUCUAGAGUUUAUUCAAGAGAAUGUUGCAAUUUCUUUGUCACAAAAGGAUACAAUUCGUGAUCUUGAGUCCAAAUUAAAUGAUGCGAAACAAGAAAUUGUAAGACUGCAAAAGGAAAAUGAUCGCUUGAAGCAACAACAAAAUCGCGGUGCUUUUGGUUACGUCAAAAAUAAAUGAAACUGCAUUUAAAUGUUUCCAUAUAAGAUUUGAAUUGCAAUUCAAAAAUUUAUAUUUUGAAAAUUCAAUAAAAACAAAAACUUAAUUUGUUA